AUGGGCAAGAUUAUGAAGCCUGGAAAGGUCGUCCUCGUCCUCAGAGGAAAAUAUGCUGGGCGCAAGGCCGUCGUUGUCAAGCAGCAAGACGAGGGAGUCUCCGACAGAACCUACCCACAUGCCAUCAUCGCUGGAAUCGACAGAUAUCCACUCAAGGUUACCAAGGACAUGGGAAAGAAGAAGAUCGAGAAGAGAAACAAGCUGAAGCCAUUCCUCAAGGUCGUCUCCUACACCCACUUGCUCCCAACUCGCUACUCCGUCGAUGUCGCCUUCGACAAGGCCAACAUCAACAAGGAAGCUCUCAAGGCACCAACCAAGAAGCGAAAGGCCCUCGUCGAGGUCAAGUCCAAGUUCGAGGAAAGAUACAAGACCGGCAAGAACAAGUGGUUCUUCACCAAGCUCCGCUUCUAA